AUUCAAGGCCCAUUCACAUAAGCAGAAGAAAAUGGACGUGCUGCGUUUACGGUGCUUCUGGUACGUUCUGGUUCUGGCCGUCCAUGUGUCUGAAACAACUGACGUUAAUACGGGGUCCAAACAGACACACGACACCGACGUCGUCCCAGACACGACGCCAGAAGACAACUCGGUGUCUCCCCAGACAUCCAAGGAACCCUCAGAUCCAAGUCCACCCUCCUCUGCAGGACCGGAACCCGGAGAUCCCGCCGACUCCUUCAGUGUCCCAACUCUGGAUGGGGAGUUUUCCUGGGAGCCUGGGAAAUUAGAACCAGCGUCUUCGCUCUUCAUCCACGCCUUCACCAACAAGUCGGGGUUUUUGGAGUGUUUGUGGAGCUCAGAGGAGUCCCUGAAGAGUUUGGUGGUGGAUCUACCGGACUCUGCCGAGCUGCUGGUCCUGUCUCUGGAUGAUUCUGCGGUCACCGACGCUCUAUGGAUGCAGGAGCAGGUGCAGCGGAGCGCGGCUACGUAUAGUAAGAUGGAGGUUCUGUCCAGGAUCCACUUCUGUCCAAUACCAGUCUUUGCUCUGGGUAACUGGAUCCCAAAGGUUCUUUACUACUGGAGCUCUUCUGGACAGACUGGUCUUUCUCAAGUUGUUUUCAAGAGUGAAGGGUGGAAGAUUCCCAUCAUUGUUAAGCGACUGGACGCCAGGUAUGAUUGGCUCAGUCGUCGCUGGGAGAAGAAGUCCUAUCUUUUGUCGGAUGCAGGGAAUGGAUGUGAUCCUUCGUCGUCUGUGGCUGGUGCUGUGGCCUGGGUAUCUGAGGGCGGAUGCUCCUUCUUCACCAAGGUCCAGAAUAUGGCCUUGUCCAACGCCUCUGGUGUCCUGGUCCACACUCUCCCUGGUGAGCCCCUCCAGGACAUGAACUGCGUCAAAGAUGAAUGUGAUCAGACUCUGAACAUUUCGGCAGCCAUGGUGCACCUGGAGCCAUCGGUGGUUCAAGCUCUAAGGUCUGGACAGAAGGUGAACGUGUCCUUCCAGAGGACUCCUUCACCAAACCUCUUCUUUAGCAUUGACCAACAGGGGGCGCUGGCAGAGAUAGGUUUGUUCCUUUACCCCUCCUUCAGCUUCAUCAGUUGGCAGGCGCAGUGGUUUGAUUUUUCUACAGAUCUUCAGAUCAAACUUCGAAGUCCAGCCGAGGUGAUUCCUGUCUUUGACAAGGUCCUGAUGAAGGGAAAAAAAGGAGCUGUAGCUACUGUUCAGCUGCCUUUAGUCUGUCUCUCUUCAGAUGCGUUGAUUGACACGUGGGAGUUGGACGUGUCUUUGUCGUGCCCUGGCAGAAGAGACUCUACCUGUGCCCACUGGGAUCAUACUGUUCAGCUGUUUGUCUGCUGUGAUUCUCACAGUCCCUACUGUAACAUAGAACUGGGCCGAUGGAUCACUGCCUUCCGCAGAGGUAUUGGACACUGGCUUACGGACGUGUCCCCCCUGCUCCCCCUGCUGGAUGGUGACACCUGCACCUUUACUAUGAAGUCAGCGUGGUGGGAGAUGCCCUGGUUAGCAUCACUUAACCUGAGAUUCAGCAUCAGCGCAGAGAGAGCAGGUAACUCUGUGGAGAAGCUCCGCCCCUUCCAUGUGACAUCACUGUACAAUGGCGGCACCUUUGACAGAAACUACAACAAGAGAUUCCAGCCAAUCAAAUUUGACAUCCUGGCCUCAGCCAAAAAGGUGGAACUAUUUGCUGUCAUCACAGCACACGGCUACGACAACAACAAGUGCGGUGAAUUCUGCGUCACCUCUCAUCACUUCGUCGUCAACGAAAGGUUGAACAACACACUUCUUUUUGGUUCUGCAGGAUCUCCUCUUGGCUGUACAAACCUAGUCAAAGACGGGGCCGUGCCAAACGAAUACGGUACCUGGCUGUACGGACGAGGCGGCUGGUGUGAUGGUCUGCAGGUUGAUCCCUGGAGGAUAGACAUCACCGCACAGUUGGACAUGAGCGGCUCCACAUCCAACACUAUCGUCUACUACGGUUUGUUCGAUGGUAGGGAUCCUAAUCCAUCUCAGGAUCCAGGAUACAUCAUCAUGUCCUCUUUUCUGGUUUAUUACAAAUGACAGCGCACACCAUCAAGCUCUGGUCUGGAUGUAAAUCAAUGCAAAUCUUUCGUCUCAUCUAAUCUUAAUUCACUGUACAGGCUGAGAAUCAGCACCAGGCUCUGAACCACCUGCCGCAUGAAAACCAAUUUGCAUUUUUUGUCUUCCACGCGUUUGCCCUGGAGUCAAGACGAGAACGUGUGGCAGCUGAACAGACUCUCGGUGUGUAUCAUUGAGCCCAAGUCUGAGGAUGUUGUGUUCUUUGAGUGGCCUCUCAGCAUUAAUCAUAUGGAACUGAGAGAAACUCGAAACUCUCAGGUGUUUCUCAGUGAGUCACAGAGCACAGCUGCUGAAUUUAACAACACAAGAGUCACCACUGGUUGUUCUAGGAGAACACAGGGAAACUGCACAGGUUAAAGAACAUCAAAAAGAAGCAAUUCAUAAUAUAUUGGUAAAUUCUGAAAAUGGCAGACAGAUCUGCGGUAAAGUACUGCACAGAAACAGUUUAUUUACUACACAGUUGUAAACUAUCUGAUUCUCUUCUUUAUAAUACCACAGACGCUUCAACAGGGAACAAAUCUGGAUUGCAGGCAGGCCAGGCAACGGCAGACACUUUUUAAAUCUGUGUUUUUAAAGGGUUUUUUUUGUCAAGUCUACCAACAGUGUUCUGAAAUGAUGCCUUAUCAUUUGUUUUUUGAAGAUUUUAUUGUAGUUUUCUUGCACCACAGUUUUAUUUUAAAAAGGUACGUAUAAAAAAAACGUUAGCUCAUUUAAGUAGAAAAAAAACCCAACACAAUUUUAAGAAAAAACAUUCGACAAAUUUGUUAGUGCCUAAAAUGUCUAUACAGUUGCUGGACACUGUAUGUAACAUAGAAAUCACAAUGCUGUGUUUGUGGGCUUUAGAUACAGUGUGAAGGGGGUAGCACCAUCUAGUGGUAAACCUGCUUGUGCAGUAUUAAACAUGGCUGCCUCCAUGGGACAUCUCUAAUGUGUAGUAAAAAGUACUUGUUCUGUGCUAAUGAGAAUAUUGAUUAGUACUUUGAAAAAAAACCAUCAGUGAAAUUGUUUUAUGUUCAAAUUUUAGAACAAAAAAAAUAAAAUGUUAAGUUUUACAUAGUG